GGGAGAGAAACCGCUGAUGCUGAAGGGAGAGAACGAACGAUGUCAAAACGUUGUGUUGCUGCGCCUUGUUUGCACCCUUGUUUGCAGACCCUUGGAUCCUCAAAGAUCUGCGCUGUGUUCGGCUCUUCAGAGGUCAAAGGCAGAGUAUCGCUUCGAUUGUGUCCAAGACGACACAAAGGCCAGCAGGCAACGAGAAGCAGUGACACAUUCGCCGGGGAUCCGAUGCUCUCGAGGAUAGGACAAGCCGACAGGAUGCCACAGGAAUACGGAUCACAGGAAUACAUUGACAGGUAUAUGCCUGUUGCCUGUUCUGGUGCAUUUCCUCAGCUGCUGAGCCGUCUUGGUCCGCUCGCCAUCUCCCGCGCUUCAUUCUUUGGUCCGCGAAGCGAAGAGAGCGAGAAGAAGCACAGAGGACCAUACUUCCUGAUCUGCCGUGCAAAACACAGCCAUGGUGAGAGCGACCCUACCAGCGUCCAGCGAUCGGAUUGCACCCCUCCACUCAUGUCUUGUCCCAUCGUCCGUGUGUGCAGUGGUGGCUUGGCAAGACUUGCCGCGUCCCUGGCUGCACGGAGAAGCACAAGGCGCACUUCUGCAAAUGGUGCAAGAACCAGAACUCCAACCACUUCGCGCGUGACUGCUGGUAUGGGCCCGGUGGGAAAAUGGCAGCGAACAACAAGCACUCGGUAAGCGAACGCACUCGCAGACCUACACCGCAUUACUAUGUGAGUCAUGCCGCUCUACGUGUUGCCUCCCAUGUACGCUGUAGGCUUUGCCUCGCCAGUCGCCGGCCCAUCACGGCUUACCUGCCACCGUCAAGGCCAUCCUCGCUCACCUCGCGACGGAUCACGGCCGCGCCAAAGAGCCCAAGGACGUCAUUCGUCUGCUGGGCUGGCUGCAGUCGGCCAUGGGCGGCCAGGGGAUCUCAUCGACCAGCUUCCGUGGCGUGGAGAAGGUACUGACCUCCACCUUUAUCAACGAGACGCUGCCCGUCCUGUGCGACGUCCUGUCCAAGAGCGACCUCAGCUUCCCCCUGCAGCCGCCAUCCAGCCACUCACACAGCGGCACGGAGGCACACAUGACUGCCCGCGAGUGCUUCGUCCUCAUCGGUGCGGGAUUCCUCUGUCUGCACAAGCACGGCCACUCGGGCAGCCUCAACUUCGACCGCCCCUUCGACAACCACACACCGUCUGGCAAGGCCAAGCUGCAGUGCUUCAUCCACUACCUGGACACCAUGGCGCGGGCAAUCAAGGAGGGCAACACCGCCGAGACAGAGCGUAUGGUCAUCUUCCGAGCCCUGCAUAGCCCUGCGGCGGGGCUUCAGGAGUGGGCGAGGUCGACAACCCCUCUGAUGGACGUGCACUUGAUGAAUGGGAAGGAUGCGUCCAUCUUCGACUCGAAGGGCAUCAGGGGCGACCUUGCCAAUGCCCACAUCGGUGGCGGGACGCUGGGAAAUGGUACGCAGACACAAACAGGCACAGACACGCACUGAUCCAUGUGGACCUGUCUGUGCCUUGCUGCGUCUGUGUGAGUAUUUCAGGUGCGGUGCAGGAAGAGAUUUUGUUUUCCAUCGAGCCGGAGUGCCUCGUCGCCCGCCACCUCUUCCCCAGAGCCAUGCAGCCCACAGAGGCCUUCAUGAUCGUCGGCUCCAAGACGUUCAGCCGCACAUCGGGAUACGGCCGCGAGACCCUGCGCUUCGCCGGCUCGGCACACGACACCGCCACCAUGAAACAUACCAACGGCCAUUCCGUCCUGGGCAAGACCGUUGUGGCCUUUGAUGCGGUCAACUUCGGCAAGCACGGGGGCGAUCAGCAGUACGACGAGAGGUGCGUGCUGCGGGAGCUUAACAAGGCACACACGGCAUUCCAUUGCAAUGGCCUCACGAUCGUCGGAGGACUGCCCUUCGCGACGGGUGAGUGAGGCACACACAGAAUGGCCAUCGCUUCUUGUCUGCACACCUGCGUCGAUUCGUGUGUCUGCGUGUGUGUCUGUCCAGGCAAUUGGGGCUGCGGUGUGUUUGGUGGCGAUCCCCAGUGGAAGUUUCUUAUCCAGUGGUGCGCUGCCAGUCGGGCGGGUCGACGGCUGCACUACUACCCAAGAGACGAGAAGAGCCUCGUGGGCUCCAAGAACUUCAUGCACGACCUGAAGAACGCUGGGUGCUCCACGGUGGGCCAUUUGGUGCAGCUGAUGUGCGAUGGGCGCACACGUGGGGCGAUCGGGCGUCGCGUGUCGGCCUUCGAUGCCAUCAGAGGAGCCCUCGCACAACAAACCAGACCAGCCUCUCGACAGAUGGUACACCUACCACCCUGCACACCUGUCGCCGUGUAUCACCGUGGAUGCUUUGGUGUGCGUGUGUGUGUGUGUCGCAGUCCCACAGUCUACCCCCCCGCAGGCAGCAGCCACGCAAACGCACACUGAGCAACUCGCCGCCAGCGCCACCCACGAGACGACACCACGGUGGGAUAAUCGACACCAACAAAGCGGAAGCCAAGGAAAGGGAGACGACACUGCUCGCGUCUGCACAGAAGAGUGGCGACAGCAAGUAAGCACCCACAGAGACGCACACACCGCAGAGAGGGGAGCGAACGGAUCCUGGCCGUGUCUGUGUGCCUAUGGUGGUGGUGUCAGGAUCGAUCACAUUUUCCAGUACGUACCGGUGAAGCGCACUCGUCCCUCUGAGGUGUUGCUGGCCGGAUCCUUCGACGGCUGGCACGGCCGCUACCCGAUGUUCUGGUCUGCCGAGCACAACUCCUUCGUGCUGCCCAUGCCGCUGCCUGCCGGCAGACACAUGUACAAGUUCAUCGUCGAUGGCGUCUGGACGUGUGCGGGCCGGCAGCCAAGUGCUCGAGAUUCGUCUAACAAUCUCAACAAUGUGGUGAACGUCGGAUAGACAGACACACUGACAGACAUGGAGGGAGGGAUGGGCUGGUGUAGUGAGGCGAUCGGCUCUGCGUGGGCUUCUACUCGUCACUUUCUAAUGCAAAGACUUUGGUUAGGUCCACGCGUGUGUGUGUGUGUGUGUGUGUGUGUUUGUGUCGUGUGUAAGGGAGUUUGGUCAACGCCUGUCUGCUGAUCGUCAAGGAAGUCUGUACGAUGCUGUUUUGCUUUGUUUUUGCUGCGCCUUCCCACGUGAUGUUUGCAAAUGUCCGUUUGAAAGACACAGUGUAUGAAAGCUCUUCCUUCCU